AAUAGCGUCAUCAGCGCGGGCCGCAGAUCGUGGGAGGAGGAGUCCGGAGGAGUUAUGUCGCCGCCGCCGCUCUUCAGCUUGCCGGAGGCGCGGCUGCGUUUCACGAAUUCUACUCGAGAUGCUCUCAACAACAAAACCAUUAAACCUUUAUUGAAUGCCUUCAGCCAGAUACCUGGAAGUGAAAAUGAAAAAAAGUUUACCCUGGAUCAAGCAUUCAGAGUUGUCUUAGAAGAAGAAAUUAUCCACAAAGCUUCCUGUGAAAACGUCCUGGCAAUAAUUUCUCUUGCUAUUAAUGGGGUUACAGAAGGUAUUUGCACUGCAUCUACCCCUUUUGUGCUGUUGGGAGAUGUUUUGGAUUGCCUUCCAUUGGAUCAAUGUGACAGAAUUUUCACAUUUGUGGAAAAAAAUGUCUCUACAUGGAAAUCGAAUACAUUUUAUUCGGCAGGAAAGAAUUACUUGCUCAGAAUGUGCAACGAUCUCUUAAGAAGGUUAUCUAAAUCACAGAAUACAGUGUUCUGUGGAAGAAUUCAGUUAUUCCUGGCUAGAUUAUUCCCCCUUUCAGAAAAGUCAGGACUCAACUUGCAAAGUCAGUUCAACCUGGAGAAUAUCACUGUUUUUAAUACCAAUGAGCAAGAGAGCACACUCGGACAAAAGCAUGUUGAAGAGCGAGAUGAAGGAAUGGAAGUAGAAGAAGGUGAAAUGGGAGAUGAUGAAGCUCCUACAAGUUGCUCUAUUCCUAUAGAUUACAACCUGUACAGAAAGUUCUGGUCCCUGCAAGACUACUUCCGAAAUCCUGUUCAAUGCUAUGAAAAGAUCUCAUGGAAAACAUUUCUAAAGUACUCUGAAGAAGUAUUGACUGUCUUUAAAAGCUACAAGUUGGAUGAUACUCAGGCUUCAAGAAAGAAAUUAGAGGAGUUGAAAACUGGAGGGGAGCAUGUUUACUUUGCCAAGUUUCUCACGAGUGAGAAGUUAAUGGAUUUACAGCUGAGUGACAGCAACUUCCGCCGUCACAUCUUACUGCAGUAUUUGAUACUAUUUCAGUACUUAAAGGGACAGGUGAAGUUUAAAAGCUCCAAUUUUGUGCUGACUGAUGAGCAGUCCCUCUGGAUUGAAGAUACUACAAAGUUAGUCUACCAGCUUCUUUCAGAAAACCCCCCAGAUGGAGAGAGGUUCUCAGAAAUGGUAGCGCAUAUAUUAAACACAGAAGAAAAUUGGAAUUCGUGGAAAAAUGAAGGUUGCCCCAGCUUUGUUAAGGAAAGACCAGGUGAUUCUAAACCAAUAAGGCCUUUUGUGCGAAAGAGACCAGCUCCAGAAGACUUUCUGGGGAAAGGACCCAACAAAAAAAUUCUCAUGGGAAAUGAAGAGUUAACACGGCUCUGGAAUUUGUGCCCUGAUAACAUGGAAGCUUGUAAAUCUGAGAGUCGGGAAUACAUGCCAACGUUGGAAGAGUUCUUUGAAGAAGCUAUUGAACAGGCAGUUCCUGAAAACAUGGUUGAGAAUAAGUAUAAGGUGGUCAAUAAUUCGAACUAUGGCUGGAGAGCACUAAGGCUGCUGGCACGCAGAAGUCCUCACUUUUUUCAGCCAACCAACCAGCAAUUUAAGAGUUUACCAGAGUACCUCGAAAACAUGGUUAUCAAAUUAGCUAAAGAACUACCUCCUCCUUCUGAAGAAAUUAAAACAGGCGAGGAUGACGAUGAGGAAGAUAAUGAUGCUUUAUUAAAGGAAAACAACGAAAGUCCAGAUGUUCAACGAGACAAACUUGUAACAGGGGAACAAAUAGAGUUAUUUGCUAACAAGCUUGGUGAAUACUGGAAACUUCUGGCCCCAUACUUGGAGAUGAAAGACUCUGACAUAAGGCAGAUUGAACUGGAUAGUGAAGAUGUGAAGAUGAGAGCAAAGCAGCUCCUUGUUGCCUGGCAAGACCAAGAGGGGAUCCGGGCGACCUUGGGAAAUCUCAUUACUGCAUUGAACAAAGCUGGGUUACACGAUCUUGCAGACAGCUUAACCAAUGACACUGAAAACUACAGUUAAAUUUUCUUGGAAGUAAUUUUAGUUGAAAAAUUUCUGUAAUAAAAGGAUGCUCUGGAAUCUGCCAUGAAGCAUGGGCUGUGGAGUCAUGCUGUGUUACUUGCCAGUAAAAUGGCUAUUAUUUCUAGGAAACUGGACCUACUGCUUGUAUUUGGUACACAUUAAAAAUCUUUAAUGUCACAGUUGUGUUCAGUGUUCCAAUAAGGAAAGGAUUAGCAGUGCUGGUCAAAAUAGAUAUUGUGAAGGGUGGUAGACCAUGAAUGAUUUUCAGUGAUACAAGUGAGAAGCAGCAUCAAUUGUGGGACUCUGCUAGCACUUUUCAUGCCUGCUGUGCCAGACCCAGAAGGCUCUUCUGUUCUUUCUUGUGCUAAAGUUCUUAAACAGAGCCUGCUUUAAUAGGAAAGCAUCAACUGAUUCCCAAAUACACCACAGGGCUUAAUGUGAAGUAGAUCUCAUACUACAAAAUUUCUUGCUGUUCCCACUUCCUUAAGUAUUUGUUACAACAAUUUAUCAAUGAAAAAUUGUAGUUAAAAGUACUGGUGUUUACUGAUGUGACAAACAUCAGCAGGCGCAAGCUGUCAUGUCUUGGGAGUUUGAAUAAAUCCUGACCUUGAUGAACCAGC